AUGCCGCGCGAAAUCCCCCAAGAAGAAGAAGAAGACUACGCUUCCUCCGAGGACUCGGAUUUCGCGCCUGAUGAGGCCGCCGAGCGCGAACAGUCGGAGGCUUCUGAAGAUGAAGAGGGCGCCGCCGAGAAGCCCGCGCCAUCGGCGAAGAGGAAACGCGCUGCGGGCGAUGACGAGGCAGAGGACGCCGGCUUCGAGAACUCCGGCGAUGAGGCCAUCAUAGAAAAAGGCAAGAAGCGGCGGAAGAAGGGCAAAGCGGCCGAACGCGACGAUGACGAGGGCGGGGAAGGCGGCUUGAUUAAGACGCGCAGCAUGCGCGCCGCUGCAAAGGAGGAGAAGAAAGCGCGAGUAGUGAGCGGGCCGGUUACAGUCGAUGUCGACGCGCUGUGGGCGCAGAUGACUGCCGGCCCAGCAGUCCCUUCGACGACAGCCGGGCAAGAGAAGGCGGAUGGCCAGGCCACUGCAGAUGGCGAAUCGGCAACGAAAGACCUCCCAGACACCGACCAUGACAGACAGAAUGGCGAGACAAGCAAGGACAAAGAGUCGGCCGAGAUGAUCAAGAUCAAACGCACGUAUAACUUCGCAGGCAAGGUGCACACAGAAGAAAAGAUGGUUGCGCGGGACUCGGCAGAGGCAAAGCUUUAUCUGGCUUCUCUAGGCGAAAAUGUCGAUCCUGAAGCGGAUGAUGCGCCGCAGAGGCGGAUGCCGAAGAAGGCUUUCAGAUCGGCAUUUGAGCCCAUCAUAGACCAGCUGAACCAACGAACGGACCUGAACUUGGGCAUGACUGUCAGGCUGAAGGCACGAGAGAUGGCAAAGGAAGCGAAGAAGCUCAACGUGGUGGAGAAGAGCAAGAUGGACUGGGCCGGCUUCGUGGACAAGGAGGGCAUCAAGGACGAGUUGGCGCUGGCGGGCAAGUCAAAGGACUCGUAUACGGCGCGCCAGGACUUCUUGGCUCGAAGCGAAGCAAGGAGAGAAGAGGAUGCAAGAAGGGCCAGACUGGCUGGCAAAGUGUAA